CUAAAACAUAAUACAGUGCAAACAAACCAAUCCAACCACCCACAGAUAACAGUACAAACAAGCAAGCGUCGUCAGGCAGGCCGGGUCAAUAUCAAUAGGGCAGGUAGGUACAAGGGGAGCAAGCUGAGAAUGGUCGGGGUCACAGGCCAGGUUCAGCAGGUAGCAAGCAGCGUGGUACAGAGGGUCAGGCAGAGGGAUGGUCAGGGUCACAAGCCAGGGAUCAGAACAGGGUCAGCAGAGAAUCAGACAGGAACAGAGAGCAGGAACAGGAUACAGGAUGCAGGACAGAUACAGGGCCCUGGACAAAAAAACACAACACCAAGGCAGAGUCUGCAAGUCUGGCCA